GUUAAAAUGCAAUCGUUGUUAAAAUAAAUAUCACAUUACAAUACAAGUGACAAUAUUACAGUAGUCAUAGCAUUCAGUCAGUUGGGAGGCGUGUGUAACUUACAGAGAAACUCCCGUGUGUUUAUAAAGGGGCGCUUGUUUUGGUACACCUGAGCACUUAUUCAAUUGUCCCUUGUGUGCCGUGUAGUAAAGCACAUCUUGUGAUGGGAUGCUCAAAAAUUGUGGGGCGAAGCUUCCCUAUCUUUGUGAUUGCUUUAGUGUUUGAUGUUGCUGGGAUUACUCUCCUUUUACUUGGAAUUUUUGCCCAUUUCACAUAUUGGGACUUUUUCAUUUAUACCGGAGCGAUCAUAAUAUCCCUGAGCCUCGUCUUUUGGAUAUGCUGGUACAGUGUCAACCUUGAGGUAUCUUAUGAAGAGCUGCGCUUAGCUUGAAACUUUGUCACUUACAUGUAGACUUGUUGAACUACAAGCAAUACUAAUGAAACCGUGAACAUUUCAAGGGUAAAGGAUUCCCUGGAAAUCCCCCCGCUGGAGAACAGAAGAAAUCCCGAGAGAUUUGAUUACUAAAAGGAAGGAGUUUAACUCAAGAUUGAAAGGUCACAAAGACAUGCACCAUUAAAGAAACUAACUACAGAUAAUGAAGAGAUAUACUUUUGCAUUCAAUUAGCACUUUAUUGUGUGUAAUAUAACCAAAAUAGACAUAAGGCUGCACAUUACAAGAUGUCCCUUUUUGGAGUUUGCACAGCACAUGGAUACAUCUUGUCCUCUGAAACCAUUCAAGCUAUUUAUUUCACACAGAAUGGACAUUUAUGGACAAUUAUGGAAUUUCUGUUGGACUUUUGGGUAACAUUGAUUUACAGUAAAUGUCCUCCAAUGUUUUUAAAUUGUGACCUCAAGUCUAAACCAUGAGAUCAUAACCAGUCUGUUUUGUCCGUGUGCCAUACUAUUUGUAAAUGCGAUGCCAUCGUCACAAUCAAUAACGAAUUUAAAUACUACUGAUACUGUUCACAGAUGUUUACAACUGUUCAAUGUAAUUGCGUUUGAGGUGACCUUGUUUUGGCUGUAAUGUAAUUUAAAUAUAACUGUCUGGAUCUUUUAAUAUACAGUAUGUGUGUACUGUAUGUACACGUGUGUAUUCAUGUGUUUUUAUUCAUAUUGCUGGGAUGUAUAAUUGUUGUAUUGUUUUUUAUUGAGAAUUAAAUAAAAUGAAUGUAACAUGAAUGCUACUGACCUGAAGAAAGGGAAGAUAGACAUACACAUUUCUGAUUCCAGCAGUGACAAAAGUCCACAUCAUGACAACAAUCUACAAUUUCAUGUUUUCAAACCUAGCAUGCAUUAGCUUUAAACACAAAGCAUAUUUAUAUACACCAAUACUCUACCACCAGUGGCAGAGCAACAGGACAGUUUUACACCCUCUCUGUUUGGCUGUACCAGAAUCGAAAUACACUAAAUCAACAAAAUGUUUAUGACAGAAGAUAUUCAGAAACAUGUUUGGUUUUUUUUUUCACAUCGAGAAAGCACACUCAAGUGAGCAAUAACAAUAAAGUGUUAUUUGUGAA